AUGCCGCCUGAGCGCCGGAAGCGCGUCCGGCUGGCCUGCGAGCCUUGCAGACGCAAGAAAACAAAGUGCCCUGGCGAGCAGCCAGUAUGCUCCUACUGUGCUCGUCUUCGCCAGACCUGCACCUACAUCACAGAUCGACGGCCGUCAUGGCGGGAUUCAGGCUCGCCAGCUAUUGAUGCACAGUCCGAGACUUCGUCCGAUGCUCCUUUGGGUGUAGAGCGACGUUUGGGCCAUUUGGAAACGCAAAUGACAGAAGUUCUGCAGAAUCUUCAGAAUCGCGAGCGGCAACCGUCAAAUCACCCAGGGUCUCCCCCAAGUUACAGUCAUCUAAUCGCACAUGGAAAUCCGCAGAGUCCGUUUCCUAUGCCUUCAUGGGAUAAGGUGCUUGAUAUUGCGCGAAUCUACUUGAUCUAUUGUGACUGCCAACCUCUUCCUCUAUUUCAUCGUCAAACCUUCCUUAAUACCCUCAACCAACGCGAUCCCGAGAUCAUUUAUGCCGUCUUGGGUUUGGCCUUGAGAUUCUGCCCACUGCCUAUAGUGGACGACCUAGAGGAUAUCUCGCGCACAGCGGCUUCUUAUACGGAGGCUGCUCGAGAAAGGGUCACUAGGUUGGUCCUUGGUGGGCCAGUUGAAAUCUCGACGCUUCAGAGUCUUUGUCUUUUGAGUCUGAUAGAAUUUUCCAAUGGGAAUACCCAUCAAGCCACGAUACACAGCGGACUCGCUCUAGAUUUAGCUAGAUGCGCCAAUCUUGUGUCAGAGUCGUCACCCGCUCAAAACCACGUAACCAAGGAAGAACGCCGACGCUGUUUCUGGAGCAUAUGCCUCUUGCGCCGGCUUCAUGGGGAAGAGGUUCACAUCCUUGAUUUCACCAGUCAAGACAACCUUCCAAAGUAUCCCAAGAGUACAGGGGCUGCACCAAGUAUCGACAAUCUCGACCCUUCGGGUGUUGAAGCUCGGAUAAUCCGCAGAAUGAAAGAUGAAGGGAUUGUAUCAUAUGUACUAUUACUAAGUGAGACAUUUUCCCGGACAGCAGCCUACGUCAAGCGGCGCGGUAAACCGAACAACUUUCCUCCCUGGUCCCCAGAAUCAGAGUACUCGAAGAUAAUUGCUCUGCAGAUGGAUGGCGAGACGCGUAUGCCAUAUACUCAUCGCUUCAAGUACUCCAAUCUUGAUGAACGGACUCUAGAAGAUCUGCAAUCGAAUCGCGAUUACUGGGGUCCGUGGUUUCUGAAUCAAUUCAUGUAUCAUACCAUCCUUUGCCUCCUCAAUCACCCACUUUUACUUUCUUUGAAUUUGCGGAGCCAUCGAAGCGUGAUUCCGGAAAUCUUUCUCCAGCAUUCAUCAGACAUGAUAUCGUCUCAUACGACGUGGAUUGUCUACUUUGUGAGAUACUUUGAGGAAAGAAACUUUAAAGUGUCUGAUCCGUUCUUGGGGUAUUGUGUGGCUGUUGUGGCUACUAUUGAACUUCAACUGAGCUACACAGAAGAUGCGGCCAUUCGGAAAAGCAAACAGGAGCGAUUCGAAAGCUGUACGAAAUUUGUACGUAGCCUGGGGGAAGAAUGGCCACACAUGGCGAGUCUGGCAUCAAAACUGCAAGCCCUAAACGGAGCAGUCGAAGCAUCAUACGUACCAUACGCACAGACCCAAAACAAAGGUCUUUUGAUUGACCUAUCCCGAUUCUGGGAAAUCCUCGACUAUUCAUCAGGCUUAUCAGGUACAGCGAAUAGCCUAUUUGGACCUUCACUCUACUCGGCAAGUACGAAGCGAGUGCCCGAGGUCUCAAACACUUCACCUCUGCCUCAGCCGACGAGGAUAGGCAUAGGAAGUUCGUCUCAUAAUACACCACAACGGACGCCUCACGAUCUUGAGUCGACGGCUCAAGGAGUGAAUGAGAAUAUGAAUGAUGUUGGGUUAUUGACGGUGCCGAUCGAUUCUUAUGAUGAGCAAUUCUCUAUGCUUGCUGAAAACUUUUUCACGCAGGGGCAAGAUUUCCUUCGCAGUUCGGAGGAUUGGUUUAGUACAGGGAACUUGUAG